AUGACUGAAUCAGAAGUACAAUCGGCUACUGUGCCAGAGGAAAAACCAGAAGAGAAUGAUGCGAACAGCAGUGCCGUAACCGCAAACGAGGCAGCAAUCAUCCGCCAGCUGGAGUAUUAUUUUGGUGACGCCAAUCUGGCGAAGGACAAAUUCAUGAAGGAACAGCUCGAAAAAGACGAUGGCUGGGUGCCGCUCGAUGUGUUGCUAACGUUCAAGCGCCUGAAGUCGCUCAGCGAGGACAAGAAGGUGAUUGUGGACGCGAUCGCUAAAUCGGACGAGGGUUUGAUUGAGAUCAGCGAAGACAAGGAAAAGCUGCGCCGUCAUCCGGAACGUCCGCUGCUCGAAAUGAACGAGGAACGGCGCAAGGAACUGUACGCGCGUACCGUGUACGUGAAAGGGUUUGCCCCGCAGGGUGGCACCACCAUGCAUGAGCUGGUGGAAUUUUUCCAACCGUACGAGAAGAUGGUCAACAUCUUCAUGCGCAAGUAUCUGGACAAACCGACGAAGAAGUAUCUGUUCAAGGGCAGCUUGUUCGUGACGUUUGCCGACAAGGAGGCGUGUGCAGCGUUUCUGUCCAAAGGACCGCUGAAGUACAAGGGUAAGGAGUUGCUUUGCAUGAUGCAGAACGAUUACUACGAUACGAAGCGGAACGAGCACAAGCAGAGAGCGGAGAAGAUUGAGGAAAGGAAGCGCAAAAAGCAGGAUGCAAACAAUCACUGUGCAACUGUGCUAGCAGCACAGUUGCCGACCGGGGCGUGCGUGUUUAUGGAAGGGUUUGGCAGUGAAACGACCCGCGAAUCGAUCAAAGAAACAAUUCGUAAGCUUGAUGAGACGCUCGAGUUUGCUUACAUCGAUUUUCAUAAGGGAGACAAGAACGGUUACGUGCGAUUUAGCAAGCAGGACGCAGGCAAACAGUUUCUAGACAAGCUGACGGAUAAAAAGCUAACCGUCGACGAAGCCGAGGUAACGGUCGAAUUGCUUGUUGAAGAGAAGGAAACUGCCUACCUGACGAAGAUUGCCGAAGAACAGGCCAAGUGGAAGGGCAACGCGAAACAUAAGGGUAGAGGAAACCGGGGCAAUAAUAACCGCAAUCAUCACCAUUACGCAGGAAACAAGCGUAAGCGGGACAGGGAUGGGGACGGUGAGGCUCCCGUUAAGAAGAGCGCUAAGCAGGACUCGACGGUUGAGAAGCAGGCCACGGGAAGCGAAACCAAAGCCGCCGCUGAGUAG